AUGUCAGAAACAGAGCGAAGUGAACGUCUUGGGGCCCGAAAGAAAAGACAUAAGGAUAAGCAGUUAAACCCCUCCAAGGAGGAGAAAGAUAAGGGAAAGGACACCCUGGGAGAGAAAGAUAAAGAGGAAUUUUCAGCUAAAACUAGUAAAAAGAAGCCUUUGUAUUCACUAAAGGAACUAGAGGCUUUGGGACUUUCCAGUUCCGAUUCAGAGGGACUUUCCCCUUCUGAGGAGGAGGAUCUAGAAGAGGAAGCAGCUCGCUAUGAGAGAGAGAGGUACCACCCAGACGAGCGGCCGCCUUGGAAAAAUCGAAAGCAAAUAAAAGCAGGAAGUCGGGGUGCUGUCUCUUCUCGGCCCGCUGCUUCUGCCACUCCCUCUGCUCCCCCGCCUUAUUCCCUGGGUGGAGGCUCUAAGACAUUUAUGUCCUCCCAGGCUCGAAGGCAAAUUUCUCUCAAGUACCCUGUAUGGGAAAAUGUUGAAGGAGGACACACUCAUGUAGCCGUAGAUUACCCUCAGAUCAAAGAGCUCGCAGAAUCUGUCAAUAAAUAUGGUAGAGAUGCUAAUUUUACCAUUAUGCAGCUAGAGAGACUUGCCACCGUGGCUAUGACUCCUAAUGAUUGGGAGACCACUAUUAAAGCUGCCUUACCUAACAUGGGUCAGUAUAUGGAAUGGCAGGCACUAUGGUAUGACGCCUGUCGAGCUCAAGCUCAGACUAAUGCCUUGGAAGUGGGUCCCCAGAGAGAAUGGACCUUUGAUCUCUUAACAGGACAAGGUCAAUAUGCCAACCAUCAGACCAACUAUGAAUGGGGAGCUUAUGGGCAGGUUUCAACCGCUGCUAUUAGAGCUUGGAAAGCACUUUCAAAAAAGGGGGAACCCACAGGUCAUUUAACAAAAAUAAUUCAAGGUCCUCAGGAGCCUUUUGCUGAUUUCGUGGCCCGAAUGACGGAAUCAGCAGGCAGGAUCUUUGGUGAUCCGGAACUAGUUAAGCCAAUGAUAGAACAAUUAAUCUAUGAAAAAGCUUCCCCUGAAUGUAAAGCAGCUAUCCUCCCAAGGAAAAAUAAGGGAUUAACAGACUGGAUAAAAAUCUGCUGA